UAAAAAUAAGUUAGACAAUGCCUCAACAACUUUCGAUGCAAAGUAGCCUGGUGGAGCAAGGCUGACAAGCUGUGCGACCUACCGGUCCCAAGCCGUGCGAAAGCAACCCUAUCUGCAUUUCUGCCGUCGCUUGUACGACUCAAAAAUGCGUCAUUUCUCCCAUAGAUAUGUAAUUUCUAAUAAUUAAUGAACUCAACGAUGUUACAUGUCUACGCUGUUAGUACCGCGUCCUUUGCGGCGUGAGAUUGUCAAUCGGUCAAACGGUAGGCUCGCUCUGCGGCUCACUAUAUGAAGCGAGGCUCAAUUAAUUUGUUCACGUUGAGAAUCGCAUCAAAACUUCCACACGGUGGACAUGAUAGCGCAUUUUUCAGGCACUCAGUUAUCUUGCCACUUUCUAGCCAAGCGCAAAUACUUCAUAAUUCACAUAUACCGCGCAGCAAAGUCAUCACAAGUCCUACUCCCAAAUCUUCUCGUUUUCCCUACCACUCUCGGGGAAUCAUGCCUUCCAAAUCCGUUCAGCUAUCACAAUAUCAUUCUUCAAAUCAUUGCUAUCUUAUUCACCCGCAGGUCCAAGGUACCCUUGCGGGAAGCGCCAGCUUUUUGCAUGUUCCCAUGCCGGUCGUCUUGCUCAAUUAUGCCAAAAUCAAGACCCAGGAACUCGACUUCAUCUUCGCUGAAUUCGAACGCCAGGACGAUGUGCUUUCACGAGACUUUCUAAAUGAAUGUGAGACGAUAGUCGUGCAAGAUCAAUCUGGAAACGCCGACAAUCGUGAAACUGAUGCAGAAGUUCAACGAUUAAUCGGGGAUCGAAGCUUUGAGCGACUUGCGCAUACAUUAGCAGAUGCUGACCCCCUUCCGGAAGGUCCAUAUUUUCUUGUAGGCAGCAACAUCCAUCAGGCAUGGAAACUGUACGCCGACACCUUUGACACCCUUUCUGUGGCUGUAAUUCCUGAAAAUAUUGAUAAAGCGGACACGAACUUCUCCGCGCUUGCUAGCUUGCAUCCCGAAGGGAUAUGGAAACAUGUGACGGUACCGAGCCGUCUCCACCAUCCUAAAACCGCGAAUAAACCUCUCGCAGGAAAGCGCAUCACUAUCAAAGACAAUUAUCGUCUUGCUGAAACUGCAGAGUUUGUCAAGAGAUUGCUCGCACUUGGAGCUGUCGUGGUUGGGAAGUCCAGAAUGUCAGCAUUUGCCUCAUCUGAAGAGCCUACAGAUCAAUGGGUAGACUUUCAUGCGCCGUUCAACCCUCGAGGCGAUGGAUAUCAAACUCCAGCUGGCAGCAGUAAUGGAGCUGCUGCAGCACUUUCGGGUUACCCAUGGUUGGACUUUUCCGUUGCAACAGACACUUCCGGGAGCAUUCGUUAUCCUGCGGCAAUUUGUGGUCUAUACGGACUAAGAUACACUUCGCAUACCCUUCCAGUGAAUGGUCUUGUUCCCUGCUGCCGCGAGCUCGAUGCCGUAGGAGUCCUCGGGCGAGAUAUUGACACCCUUUUGGAAUUUGUCUCGCUCACAGCAUUGUGCAAUAGUGGAGAUCCCAGCAAGUUUCCAACUCACAUCAUCUACCCAAAAGACUUUCUUCCUUACAACGAGGAACCCGUGCAGGCCAUACUUGAGGAGUUUGUGCAGAAACUGGAAUCUUUCUUAGACACCAAACGAACUGUAGUCAGUUUGGCUGAUCGUUGGGAACAGUGUAAACCGCAAGAGGCCGACAAUAAAACCAUCAAAGAGUUUCUUGCAAAGACAGGAUUCAACCCUUUUUAUUACGACGGGUAUCAUACUUUCGACCAAUUCCGACAAGACCAUCUCGAGAAGUUUAAGUCAGACGUAUAUGUCGGACCGUAUAUGCGCUGGAAAUGGUAUGGCUCCUUGAACGACAUGAACUCGCAUGAUAAUAAGAUCCCUGAUCAUUUCUGA